GAAACCGCAGGAAUAUGCCUCAUUAUAAACAAUGAGAAGUUUGAUGGCGAACUCAAACUGACAGAAAGAAGAGGAUCCGACAUUGAUAGAGACCAAAUAAAAACGUUCUUCCAAAAGUUAAAGUUCAAAGUCAUCGUUUAUGAAAACUUGACCGCUAAUGUUAUGCAAGAGAAACUGAAUGAAACCAGCAAACAAGAAGUGAAAGAGUCUCACGAUUGCUUUGUUUGUUUCAUUUUGUCCCAUGGUGAAAUGGGUUACGUCGUCUACGGCACGGACUGUCAAGAAGUCCCCUUGCUGUCGCUAACAACACCAUUCCACAAAGGUCAUUGCCCUCAGUUGGAGAAUAAGCCGAAACUUUUUUUCGUCCAAGCUUGCCAAGGCAACCAAUAUAACAGAGGUUCGAUCAAUCUCGCCGACCAGCUCGAAGAAGAUAGUGCAAAAAAGUUCAAGGUAAUGGAGGAAGGAGAUUUCUUGCUGAGUUUUGCUUCUCUGCAGGGCUAUGCAUCCAUGAGGAGUCCGACUACAGGUACCUGGUUCAUAGCGUCGAUGAUCAGUGUCUUCCAUGAACAUUAUCAAGAGUAUGACAAAUUUAUCAUUUGCUUCUUAGGUGUAUUUCUCUUAAAAAUAUAA